UAUAAAUAUGUCAUCUCCCAUUCCCCACCUUCCUCCACCACUGUUUCUCUCAAACCCAAAAAAAAGACUGUUUCUUUCUUUCUUUUACCAAAUACCCAGAAUUUCUUUUCAUCAAAUCUCAUCUGGGUCGGUUCUAAAUUGACCAAAAAUGGAGGUUAAACAAGGGAGGGGUGAGGUUCUUAGGCCUAUGGUUAGGCAUGUGAGCAGAGUUGGAUAUGUGAAAAAGGGGAUUGUCAAGAGGAAAAAUGGGCGUCUGAAGAGGCACAUGAACACACCAAAUUGCUGCCCAGAGGUUCCCAUGGCUACUCUUCUUCAGGAAUUGUUUCUUUCUUGUUGUGAAGUUUUUAAAGGACCAAACACUAUUCCUUUGCCUUGUGAUGUUACCAAGCUCUGUCAAAUCAUUGAUAAAAUGAAAGCAGAAGAUGUUGGCCUUAGUAGUGAUAUACAUUUUUUCAAUCCUACCGAUGCAGUCAAAGGGACACCUCAAAGAGUCACAUACACAACAAUAUACCAAUGCAAUAAUUUUUCUAUAUGUAUAUUCUUCAUACCAACAAAUGGUGUCAUUCCUCUACACAACCAUCCCGGAAUGACAGUGUUCUCCAAGCUCCUGCUGGGGAACACGCACAUAAAAUCGUACGACUGGGUCGAUCAGGCUAGCGAUAAUGAGGACAUUAUUGUUCCAUCUUCGUCUCGAUUUCGGUUGGCAAAGUUGAAAGCGAAUAGCGUGUUCAGAGCGCCAUGCAAUACGUCCGUGUUGUACCCUACAACAGGAGGGAACAUCCACGAGUUUCGAGCCAUAACACCUUGUGCUGUUCUUGAUGUGAUCGGCCCUCCCUAUUCGAAAGAAGACGGUCGAGAUUGCUCCUAUUACAAAGACCAUCCUUAUUCUUCCUAUUCCACAAAUGGAGAGAAUAGUAGUAAUAAGGUGGUGGAGAAGGAGGUAGAGACUAGUGGUUAUGCAUGGUUGGAAGAGAUUGAGAUGGCAGAGGAGUGUGAGAUGGAUGUGAUCGAGUACAUGGGUCCUCAGAUUAUGGACAACAAAUUCAGAAGACGAGUACUAGCUGCUAGAAGAAUUAUGUGCAACUACUAAAAACACUUGUGUAAUAUUUCUAAUGUAGUAAAGUAAGAGUAAUGAUAUGUUGACAAAAAAUAUGUACCCAAACAUUACACAUAGUGAUUUGUUACUGAUUUUUAAAAUAGUGGGUUCCAGUUUUGAUAAAGAGUAAUGAUAUAUGCACUCAAAAUAUACACACAAAUAUUAUAUACAGUGAUAUGGCAGUUUAGCCUAACCAAUCACAUUUAUUAAAACUGAGAUCUAUUUUAAAACACAGGAACACGUCAUUGUGUAUAAUGUUUGGAUGUAUAUUUUGAGUGUACAUAUUAUUACUCUUUGAUAAAUAUGAUUGACUAGGUUAAAUUUACACA